UGCGUUCAUUAAUACUGUACAAUACAAUACAACACUAUACUGUACCAUACCAUACUGUACAUUAAUGAACCACGGGAAACAACCAUCCAAACAGAGGGUUAGGGGUUUUCACGAAUGGGCUAAAAGAGGAACUUAAAUCUGAUGUUAGAAUUCACAAGUCCAGAACAGUUUACAAGGCUAUGAGUUUGGCACUUGAAUUUGAAAAUAAAUUAAGCCCAAUGCGCAGCAACAGAGAGUCCAAUUGGACCCCAACCAAUAGACCUGUCGUACAAAACCCAUUGCACUCUGUUAAACAUACCCAGAACGACGCUACUUCUUCCUCUGCACAUCAAAAUUUAAGAAGCAGUGUUUCUUCCAACCCAGUCGCGUCCCAACCUUUUCAAUCUGGUUCAUGGGAUACAGAAAGGAGAAAUCUUAUGGCGAAGGGAGUUUGUUAUCGUUGCCAUGAGAAAUUUGCACCUGGUCAUAUAUGCAAACCCAUAAAAUUGUCACUCAUGGAGAUUACAGCAGGAGAUCAAUUAGAUGGUGUUGAUGAAGUCAAUGCUACAGAUGGUGACUAUGUCGACCCUCAAGAAACUGACAUUGUUGAAAUUUCUUUUCAUGCCAUUUUGGGAAAUUCAGUUGGUACUACAAUGAAGCUUCAGGGUGAAAUCAAUAAGAGACGGAUUUUAAUACUUGUGGAUAGUGGUUCCACACUUAAUUUUGUGGCGGAAUCCAUUAUUAAGGAGCAUAAACUGCCAGUAGAAUCAGUUCCAACAUUCGGUGUGCAAAUAGGGAAUGGGGACAUCAUCCGCUGCAGUAAAGUUAGCCAGAAUCUUCAAAUUCAGUUGCCGGGCCCUACAAUCACUCAAGAUUACUACCCAUUUGCUCUUGCAGGGGCUGAUUUGGUCUUUGGUAUCAAAUGGCUGGCUUCUCUUAACACAUUCAAGCUAACUGGAAAGAUAUGUUCAUAACUUUUACUUGGCAAGGGAAACGUUACAAACUGCAAAGGAUGAGAUCGACAAAUUCCACUACGGCUUCCUUCCAAUCUUUUCACAAAUUGUGAGAGAGUCCAGGUAAUGCAAUUCAGACACUUUUAGGUGAGUUUCAUUCGGUGUUUUCUGAACCAACAUCACUCCAUCAUUUAGAGCAUAUUCCCAUGCUUUUCCUCUGUUACCAAAUUCUAAACCUCCAAACAUAAGACCUUAUCGAUAUACCCACUGUUACACCCCGUAUCUUCGAAGAAACACUUAUCAAAUUUGAAACAUAAGUACGUUGAGUUAUGGUUAAGUAAAAUCACUUUGGAAUAUAAGGAGCAAGCAGUAUUGAGUAUAUUUAAUGAGUGAAGGAUGUAUAUAAGGUAUACCGGAAGGUUUUAUAAGGAAAUGAGUGGAAGAAAUGGAGUAGUACAACUUUGGAGAAAGAAUGGGUAAUGUUUUGUGUGAAACUUUUGGUCCAACUUGAGGGACGAAUAUCUCUUAGCAUAUGAAGUGUUUUGAAGUGAAACAAAAGCUUAAAAUGAAUUUCGUCGAGUUUAGUUUCCAACGCAACAAACCUCUCGUCGAUAGGACAUCGGAGUAGAGAAUUAUGGACGUUACAAGUUCGGCUAACAAAGCAGAACUGACUUGCUACAGUACUGACUUGCUACAGUAAUUUACUACAGUGACCCCACCCGGAAUUUGACCCCUAUAUAAAGGGUAAUAACCCCCUUUUUUCAUCAGAUUUGCCUAGAAAAUUCCAGAAAAACAGUUGAGGGUGUGAGAAUAUAAAAAAAAAAGAGCAAUUUUCAAGUGACGGAAUAUUAGUUUAGGUCCGGAUAGCGCAUGGUUGUGAUUGUAGUCUUGUUUUGCGGUGGAUUUUGACGUGGAUUCAAAGCGGAUAUCGGGGAUAUUUCUACUUCAACAAGAGUAAGACUUGUGAGCUCGGACGAAUAACUGUAGAUAAUUGGAGGCUGAACAGGUAUAUUAAGGCUAGUCCCUUUCAAAAGGCAUGAUUCCUAUGCUAUGAUUCCAUAUAUGUUACCAUAACCUUCUUACUUCCAAAAGUUAGAAGUUCAUGAUUCUUAAAAGCUUUUUAUGAUACUAAAGAUGAUAUGUUUUCUAUGAUGAAUAUGAUGAUGAUGAUUUUAAUUCUAGAAAUUCCAAAGCUUAUGAUUUUAAUGCUCAUAUGAGAUUACUGAGCUUAUUUUAUGAUUUUCUUGAUUCCACUCAUUGUUGUUGAUCUCACCUUAUAAUCAUUGUUCCUUCAAGGUGAGAUAGAGCGAUGAUAAUUGUUCCAUAAUAUAAGUCGGAGGCUAUCGACCUUACGUCACUCCGAUAGAGUGAUAACUUUUAUUUAGGCUUUCAUGCAUGCUACUUAUGUUAUA